AUGUCAAACAUGGACAGGAUGACCACCUGUUCCCUGCUAUCCUCGAUUAAAGAGCUCUUCCAGAAAAGCCAAACCCCAUCGGCAUCAUCAAAACGAAGUAGCACCUCCAUCGUUCCCAUUCCAGAUCUCGGAAAGCUCGACAUCAUCGAAAACACAACUUGUCCUCAAACCGAAUUCUAUGUUCAAGAGAUCCUCUCCAUUUAUACACUUCUAUCGCAACUCACUGAUUUUAGUCCUUCUCCUACUAUAAAUGUUCUAUUUUCUGAUCUCGUAGGAACAUGUAUCACUAUCGUUCCUGACUCAAUUUCAAAAGGCGUGCUCGGCGAUCCACGUAUUUCUAGCAUUUUACCUGCGCUUCGAGUCAUUUGUUCAACUGCUGAAGCAUCCCAUCGCGUGCUAGCCACCUUUCCCUACCAUAAAAACUAUGAACGCCUGACUCGUUUUGAACUCGCCGCUAUAUCCUCAACAGGCUUUUUCCUAUCUCCAACUACCAAAAUCGCAUUUAUUGGCUCCGGCCCCAUGCCUCUCACAAGUCUUUGCAUCCUAUCCGCACUUUCAACAUCAGAUCACAUGUCGUGCACUCUCUCGUCCAAUUCCUCCAUUCCUCUUCCUCUCCCACGCCAAUCCCCUGUAACUCCUCCCACCAUCAUCACAAACAUCGACAGUAAUCCAACUGCCAACACCCAAGCUCAAAACCUCUGUACAUCACUUGGUGGUCUCCCAUCUACAGGAAUGAGAUUUAUCACCGCGUUAGCCGGUUCUAACGAUCUCGAUCUCUCAGAUUACGAUAUCAUAUGGUUAGCAGCAUUGGUAGGAGGAAUCCAAGCGGAUAAAGAGGAAAUUCUGAAGAAUGUAGUGCGGAAGAUGAAGAAGGGAAGUUUGUUGAUUAUGAGAGGUGCUUGGGGUUUGAGGAGUGUACUUUAUUGUGAUUUCGAUGUCACGACGCAGGCUGUAUCUACAUAUCUGGAUAUUUGUGUUCGCAUGGAUCCAUUCGGUGAUGUGGUAAAUUCGGUUAUUGUUGGGAGGGUUAAAUGA